AAUGACUUCGGACUAAAGUGUUGUGAGAUUUAACUCGCUGUAUAUUGUGCCAAUAGUUGCUCUAAAGUGAUAGUGUUCCUGUAAUAUAGUUAUGGUGUUUUUCUAUUGAGUGAAUUUAGCCCAAUUUAGCCCCUGUUACUGUUUCUGUAGAGUUUAAGCUCAGAAGAGUCGAAGUGAUGGACCAAUGGAAAGGGAAGGUAGCUUUAGUGACAGGAGCUGGGUCAGGCAUAGGAGAAGCCCUAGCUGAAGCUCUAGUUCACCAUGGCAUGGUUGUGGUUGGUUUGGACAUUCAGGAGGACAAGAUUAAGGCACUCUCAGAGAGGCUCGCGGCGGACGGAGCCCCGGGGAAGCUCCACCCUCUCGUCGCGGACCUAAGGCGUCCAGAGGACAUCCUCGCCGCCUUCUCCUGGAUAGACGACACCCUGGGAGGCGUUGAUGUGUUGGUAAACAACGCUGGUGUCCUCUCCAGGACCAAACUUAGUGAAGGAGACACAGAGGAGUGGAGAGCAGUUCUUGAUGUGAACGUUCUAGCGGUCGCUGUAUGUACCCGGGAGUUCCUCAAGUCCAUGGACAGAAGGAAGAACCAACACGGGCACGUGGUUAUACUUAACAGUGUGUCAGCCUGGGUAACCCACUUCUCGCAGGGGGUGAUGUAUCAGGCAUCCAAACAUGCUGUGAAGGGAAUAGCUAUGUGUCUACGACGAGAGCUGGCUGAAAAGGGAAGCGCCAUCAAAGUGACGUGUAUUAGCCCAGGAAGAACCAAAACUAACAUCUUGGGCUCAGCUAUGGAACCGGAAGUGAUAGCUAUGGAUGCCAGUGACAUCAGUUCCGCCAUCGUGAACGCUCUCUCUGCCUCACCUGUAACUCAGAUGUGCGAGAUAAUAAUGACGCCAGUACCUACAAUGUUCUCAAUAUUUUAAUUUUAUGAGUAGUUUAUAUAAUCGUCUCGUUGUUGUUAAAUAAUAUA